UUUACGCAGAAUAUUUAAUUGUAUUCGGAGAGGGAUGAACAACUCACGGCCACGUGAUCGUUGUCACUGGGGGUGGGACGCUGGGUAGCUCGUCUGUCUCUCUUAACUUGAAUAUUAAUCCUCUCCCUCCUUCCCUCCUCUCUCUCUCUCUCUCUCUCUCUCUCUCUCUCUCUCUCUCCACACAUAUACUUACCCCUUACGUGUAUCUAUACUCCAUUUCUCUGUGUAUUUAUACACACAUCUCUCUUCUUCACUCCUGCGUCUACGCAUUUCUCUCUCUCAUUCUCGUCUCUCUCAGGUUCCUUUGAGUGAUCAAACAUGGCUACUGGACAAAUAUUUUCAAGGACUACACAAGCAUUGUUCUACAACUAUAAACAACUACCUAUCCAACGGAUGCUUGAUUUUGACUUUCUUUGUGGUAGGGAUACACCGUCAGUUGCUGGAAUAAUAAAUCCUGGUUCAGAAGGAUUUCAGAAACUCUUUUUUGGCCAGGAAGAAAUCGCCAUACCAGUACACUCAACCAUUGAAGCUGCCUGUGCUGCGCACCCUACUGCUGAUGUAUUUAUUAACUUCGCAUCAUUCAGAAGUGCUGCUGAUUCAUCUAAAUCGGCUCUAAAACAGCCAACUAUUAGGGUUGUGGCUAUAAUAGCUGAAGGUGUUCCAGAGUCUGACACCAAGGAAUUGAUUGCAUUUGCAAGAGCAAACAAUAAGGUUGUUAUUGGCCCUGCUACUGUUGGGGGUAUUCAGGCUGGGGCUUUUAAGAUUGGUGACACUGCUGGAACAAUAGAUAACAUCAUUCAAUGCAAGCUUUAUAGGCCUGGAUCUGUAGGAUUCGUCUCAAAAUCUGGUGGUAUGUCCAAUGAAAUGUACAAUACAAUUGCUCGUGUGACUGAUGGAAUUUAUGAAGGUAUUGCCAUUGGAGGAGAUGUGUUUCCAGGUUCAACCCUGUCUGAUCAUGUUUUGCGCUUUAACAACAUUCCUCAGGUCAAAAUGAUAGUUGUACUUGGGGAGCUUGGUGGGCGAGAUGAAUAUUCCUUAGUUGAAGCCCUAAAAGAGGGAAAAAUUAACAAACCAGUAGUUGCCUGGGUCAGUGGAACUUGUGCAAGACUUUUCAAAUCAGAAGUACAAUUUGGUCAUGCGGGGGCGAAGAGUGGUGGAGAAAUGGAGUCUGCACAGGCCAAGAAUCAGGCACUUAAGGAUGCUGGGGCCGUUGUUCCAACUUCAUACGAAGCCUUCGAAACUUCAAUCAAGGAAACAUUUGAGAAAUUGGCUGAAGGAGGGGAGAUUUCACCGAUAAAGGAAGUUCAACCUCCGCAAAUCCCUGAGGAUCUUAGUUCUGCGAUCAAGAGUGGAAAAGUACGAGCUCCAACUCAUAUUAUAUCUACCAUCUCUGAUGAUAGAGGUGAAGAGCCAUGUUAUGCUGGUGUUCCCAUGUCCUCCAUUGUUGAACAAGGAUAUGGUGUUGGUGACGUUAUCUCCCUAUUGUGGUUCAAGCGCAGCCUUCCUCGUUACUGUACACAAUUUAUUGAGAUUUGCAUUAUGUUAUGUGCCGACCAUGGUCCUUGUGUAUCUGGUGCUCACAACACAAUAGUAACAGCAAGGGCUGGAAAAGACCUUGUGUCUAGUCUUGUUUCAGGUUUGUUAACAAUUGGUCCACGUUUUGGUGGGGCUAUUGAUGAUGCCGCUAGAUACUUUAAGGAUGCUUAUGACAGGAAUCUUACACCUUAUGAAUUUGUUGAAAGUAUGAAAAAGAAAGGAAUUCGUGUUCCAGGAAUCGGACAUAGGAUAAAGAGAGGUGACAACAGAGAUAAGCGAGUAGAGCUUCUACAGCUCUUUGCACGUACUCAUUUUCCUUCUGUAAAGUACAUGGAGUAUGCAGUUCAAGUUGAAAACUACACUCUCUCAAAGGCAAAUAACCUGGUACUUAAUGUUGAUGGUGCCAUUGGAUCUCUGUUCUUGGAUCUCUUAGCUGGGAGUGGAAUGUUCACCAAACCAGAAAUUGAUGAGAUUGUUGGUAUUGGUUAUCUGAAUGGGCUUUUUGUCCUUGCCCGCUCCAUUGGUCUCAUUGGGCAUACCUUUGACCAAAAGAGACUGAAGCAGCCACUAUAUCGUCACCCAUGGGAAGAUGUUCUUUAUACAAAAUGAGGGGUUUCUUUGACGGUAACAGCCUAUUCCAUUCGAGUUACCUUUCAGAAGUUCCUGCAUAAUUGCGAGAUGUUUGUUUAGUUAUUAUUAGAAUUGUAUCUUGUCAGAAGUUCCUGCAUAAUUUGUGAGUUGUUUGUUUAGUUAUUAGAAGUGUAUCUUGUCCUGCUAUAUUCGAGAAGCUUUGACCAAAGGAAAGGAAACCUCUGAGCCAAAAACCUGGCAUAGUUAGCAAGAGUAUGGAUACUUUUGUUGUUAGUUUUAAAGAUAAUAAAAGAUUUAAUAUUUUUCUAUUCA